AACGAAGCUAUCAUACCACAGUCUACAAACACAAGGCAGUAGGAGCACGUUUCAGAUUCACCACUAUCAUGUCUGAACGUAUAAUUUCCCUAUCAAAUCAUGGUGAAGAUUACCAUGACAGAAUGGCUGCCUUAUUUGGAUCCAACAAAGCAGCAGUAAACACAGCAGGAAAUGAGAAUAUUAAGAGGGCUCUGGCUAAGUUGAGACAUGACCCAUCACAUGAAAUGCGCGUUUUAGCAAUCGGCAGUGCAACAGGAUCAAUAGACGAAGGCAUCAUUGACACACUUUGUGAAAAGUAUCCUAAGAUAACAUAUACAGUCAUAGAACCUGUGGCUAGCGGAAUAAACGCUUUUAAAGAGCGUGUGAAAUCACAUGGUGGUAAAUGGUCUGGAGUAACCUUUGACUUUUUGCAACAGACUGUAGAAGAUUAUUUAGAUCAAAGAGAUGAACUCCAGAAAUACGACAUCAUUCAUGCAUUUCAAAGCGUGUAUCAUUUCUCCGAUUUACGUAAUAUUUUGGUUACUCUGUAUGGGAUGCUGAAUACUCACGGUAUAUUUCUAAUAAGAGCUACAGGAGGGAACUGGGAAGCUUGCUAUUUGAAAAUCGGCGAAUACUACCACGACCCCAGUUACCAUUUCAUAGGGACACAGUAUAUUAAGAAAUUAUGUCAGUCAGCCAUUGUGGAUUUAACUAUAGAGUCCUACUACCGUGAAAUAUCAGUCAAUGUAAGUGAUUGCUUCAAUGAGGAAUCCAUAGAUGGGAAUAAGAAAAUUGAUUUUAUCUUCCAGGUUUUGAAUUUCCGUCAAAACCUGCCGCCUGAAAGGCAACAGAUUUUUCUUGACUUUUUUAAAAAUUGCUGCGUUGAGAAAAAUGGCGAGAUGAUGUUCAAUGACGUGGAAGAAGAUGUUGUUAUUAUAAAAUCGAAGUAACGAUUAUGUCAUGUUCAUAAAAUACAAGGAAUAGACUAGCGAACUAAAAAGAAAAGUAAAAAAUAUUGCAGCGACAAGUUGUUUGACGGAUCAUUCCAGUCAACUAGCUUUAUUUAUGCUGCCGAUUCAUAGAUAUUUAAACACAUUUAACUAGACAUUUUGUGGUGCAAAGGAUAAGAUGUUGAAAUUAUUUAUAUCCAUCUAAUGAUAACAUUGCACCUUAGAUUUAAUCUCAAAUAGAAUAUGAAAUAUGACAAUAUUAGUUAUAGCACGACUAUUGCCCAGCCAACUAUCAUGUAUGUAUGUAGUACUGUAGUGAAAUAAAUUAAUA